UGGCAGGACCCGGACAGCUGGGGGUCCCUCAGGCCUCAGGACAGACGCCUGAGUUGAGUCCUCCUCUGCUGCUCCAUCCCACGCCCUCCUGCCUCCGUCCAAAGGAAAAGCUGCAUGGGGACCUCUCCACCCUGGCAGCACACAGGGGUCCUGAGGUCCGGUUGGCGAUGGAAAGAAGAAAGCAGAUGGCGGCGAUUAGGGGGCUGAGAAGUUUCCCUCUGGGAUUUGGAAACCUGGGUGGGGGAAGAGCAGCAGCAGAUGGGAUCCUCCUGCCAAGGGAUUCGGGGGCUGCUCCUUUGAAAACACAUCAACAAACCGGAUCCACAGACGCUUCUCAGCAGCCUCAGGAAAAUUGAGGCAAGGGUAGGAGUGAAGGGGAACUGAGAACCACAGUUCUUCAGUGCAGGGGUUUCACACCCCCAGACGCUCAAGGAUGAAUAGCCGGAUGGUGACAGCCUACCACAGAUGAAUUUAGAGUUAAAAACGGAGACAGAGGACGUUGGGAACCGAUAUUAAUAAGAGAGCAACAGAUAGGCUCUGGAUAAACACAAAUAGCUCUAGGCUUUGAGCCACAAGAGAAAACCAAAAGCUCAGACAGCAGAUGUUUCCGCCUGGUACAUCCGAGGCCCAUUUGUCCUAGAGAGUGUGGUGACUGAACAGCACUGAGGUCAAGACGCUGCCCUAGGAGGACAGAGCCGGUUUUGAAAAGCUCCAGGUCGAUCUCACCCAGAGCCUUACGGCUUCACCUCCAGGAAGCUAGGUCCUCUGGAUGGUGGAAGGGGAGCCCAAAGACCACGUGGCACCCACAAGCCUAGCACCCAAAGGAGCUAGAGCUAGGAGCAACCCUUAAGACUUAAAGGAGGAACUACAAGAAAACGAUGGAAAACUUUGAAAGUUGUUAGAUUAGAGAAAGAGAGAGAAAGAAAAAGAAAUUUGGCUCUGGUGCGUGCCAGCUGCUAGUCCCCUGCCCCCACCCUGGCUGGCCCCUCCGGAAUCCAGUUCGUGUUUUGCGCUGUGCCGGCAGGCCGCCGCAGCCCGGCCUCUGUCGAGAGCCAAUCAGAGAGCUCUUCUCAGCACGUGGAGCAGAGAGACUCCAGAGCUCCGCGCCCGCGGCUCACUACUCUUGUUACCGCUUGUCCUGAGCGCAGAGAGGACGUGCGUGCUCCGGCUGAGACCAGGGUAAGAGCCCCGUAGCCCGCGGCCGAGGGAGGCAGAGAGGGACAAAGAUCUCAGUACUACUUGUUAUAAUCAGCCAUCCGAACUACCCCCAGCACACACUCACUCAUCCCAUCCGCCAGGAGAGGCAGCCAGAGGUCCGCUCUCUGAACCCGAGGAAAAGCUCCAGCCAUGAGCAACCAGUACCAGGAAGAAGGCUGCUCCGAGAGGCCCGAGUGCAAGAGUAAAUCUCCAACUUUGCUCUCCUCCUACUGCAUCGACAGCAUCCUGGGCCGGAGAAGCCCAUGCAAAAUGAGGCUUCUAGGAGCCGCGCAGAGCUUGCCUGCCCCGCUGGCCAGCCGCGCUGACCAGGAAAAAGCCACGCAAGGCUCCCCCAAGGGCAGCAGCGCCCCGUUCGAGGCUGAGCUGCACCUGCCACCCAAACUGCGGCGCCUGUACGGCCCGGGUGGGGGCCGCCUCCUCCAGGGCGCCGCGGCGGCGGCGGCGGCGGCGGCAGCGGCGGCGGCGGCGGCAGCCACGGCCACCGGCACCCCGGGUCCUCGUGGAGAGGUACCGCCACCGCCACCGCCGUCUGCGCGGCCAGGGGAGCGUCAGGACAGCGCCGGGGCCGCGGCCGCGGCCGCCGCGGCCGCCGCCGCCGCCGCCUGGGACACGCUCAAGAUCAGCCAGGCCCCGCAGGUGAGCAUCAGCCGCAGCAAAUCGUACCGCGAGAACGGGGCGCCCUUCGUGCCACCGCCGCCCGCGCUGGACGAGCUGGGUGGCCCGGGGGGCGUCGCGCACCCCGAGGAGCGCCUGGGCGCGGCCAGCGGACCCGGCAGUGUCCCGGCGGCUGGUGGUGGCCCGGGCACCGAGGACGACGAGGAGGAGCUCUUAGAGGACGAAGAGGAGGAAGAGGAGGAAGAGGAGCUGCUGGAGGACGACGAGGAGGAGUUGCUGGAGGAUGAUACCCGAGCGCUGCUCAAGGAGCCCCGGCGCUGCUCUGUGGCCGCCACCGGCACGGUGACCGCCGCUGCCGCCGCCGCCGCCGCCGCCGCCGUGGCCACCGAGGGCGGAGAGCUGUCGCCCAAGGAAGAGCUGUUGCUGCACCCGGAGGACGCCGAGGGCAAGGACGGCGAGGACAGCGUGUGCCUGUCGGCGGGCAGCGACUCAGAGGAGGGGCUCCUGAAGCGCAAACAGAGGCGCUACCGCACCACGUUCACCAGCUACCAGCUGGAGGAACUGGAGCGGGCCUUCCAGAAGACGCACUAUCCGGACGUCUUCACCAGGGAGGAGCUGGCCAUGAGACUGGACCUGACUGAGGCUCGAGUCCAGGUGUGGUUCCAGAACCGUCGGGCCAAGUGGCGCAAGCGAGAGAAGGCUGGCGCGCAGACCCAUCCCCCGGGGCUGCCCUUUCCCGGGCCUCUCUCGGCCACACACCCCCUCAGUCCCUACCUGGAUGCUAGCCCCUUUCCCCCGCACCACCCUGCGCUUGACUCAGCCUGGACCGCAGCGGCUGCUGCGGCUGCGGCCGCCUUCCCGAGCCUACCUCCACCUCCUGGCUCGGCCAGCCUGCCGCCUAGUGGGGCGCCGCUGGGCCUGAGCACUUUUCUAGGAGCAGCGGUGUUCCGGCACCCGGCUUUCAUCAGCCCAGCAUUUGGCAGGCUCUUUUCCACCAUGGCCCCCCUGACCAGCGCGUCGACCGCGGCUGCGCUCCUGAGACAGCCCACCCCCGCCGUGGAGGGCGCAGUGGCUUCGGGCGCGCUGGCCGACCCGGCCACCGCCGCGGCGGACAGGCGCGCAUCCAGCAUAGCGGCUCUGAGGCUGAAGGCCAAGGAGCAUGCCGCGCAGCUCACGCAGCUCAACAUCCUGCCGGGCACCAGCACGGGCAAGGAGGUGUGCUAAAGGCUGCCCUCCACCCUCGCGCCCCUUGGGCGCGCCCCGAAAGGUCACCUCACUCAGCAUCACUCAAGACCAAAUGGAAACCGAGGACCAGCACACUCCCAAGACGGCACAGACAGAGCGCAGCCGCCUUCGCAGCAGCCUGGAUGCAGACAAGGCAGCUCUUGGCGCUAAAGGACGUGGCACCUCUUCCGCUGGCUGUCCACCUGCCCCUGCCCCUGCCCCUACCCCUGCCACUGCCACCGUUGCUCCAAGUCGAACGUCCACUCUCCCAUUCUUACCUUACUGAAAUUAACGGGGAAGGUUUCUCCCCAAGAUGCCUAGUAUUGAAGUUUAAAAAAUUAAAAGCCCACCCUUCUCUUCUUCCGUAGCCUUUUUUUUUUUUUUUUUUUUAAAUAGCAUUUUGGCGCUCUAAGUUGAUUUCAGCGCAGGCCCGGCUAGACGCCAGGGCAAGGGAAGGAAGCAAAUGCGAAUCUGUAAGAUAGCUAACAGUGCACUUAAAGGAAAGGGGCGUCUCGUUCUUGUUCUCUUCUUUAUCAUACACCAACCAAGGUUUUUAUAUCAAACCAAAGGGAAAUACUCUGCUAGAAUAUGGACUGUUGAAGUCACCAAACUGUGAUUAUUGAUUCUGUACAUACCAUUGUUAUUAAAAAAAAAAAGAACAGAGCUUUGUAUAUUUGAAAUGUUAUAACGCAAUUGCACUCAGCGUGGUAUGGUAAAAGUUUGUCCUCCUGUAGAUUCUUACUGUGUUGUAGAUACAGUAGGUUUCCUAGACAAAUAUUUAUGUACUCAAGCCCUUUAUUUAACUUAUUAACGGUAGAGGCUUCGGAAACCUUCAAGAUAAAGGCAAUGGUACAGUACUUUUGUGUAAUGUGUAAUUGUUAUCACUUUUCCUUGCUAUCUAGUGGAGAAGUGUCACGCUCAAAAUAAAAAAAAAAAUAUAUGUUUAACAAAA